CCCCUCUUCCUCACCCUUCAUUGCUCAGCCGACCCGAUUACUUUAAAAGCAACCAUCAACCGCCCCUCGUAACAGCGACGCCAGAUAGCAUCGUCAUCUCGCGACACCAGCUCGGCCCCGUCGUACAAUUACACUUCCCUUCGCGCUCCGCUUUCCACCCCUAGUCAAACUCGAGCCAGAGCGAGACGCAAUCAGUCGUCGGUCGCUACCUCUGAUCUCCUCCUCCAUACGCAACUCUCCCAAGGACACCCCGAUACACUAGGGUUUAUGUCAAUCGAAAAUCUCAAGACUGUUGACCCCUUCGCCGAAGCCGACGAGGACACCGGAGAGCAAGCUAAUGCUCAAGCGUACAUCCAUAUCCGCAUUCAGCAACGCAAUGGACGCAAGACCUUGACCACCGUGCAGGGGAUCCCCAAGAAAUUCUCGAGCAAGAAGAUCCUUUCUACCGUCAAGAAGCAAUUUGCCUGCAAUGGCACUGUUGUCACCGACUCGGAGAUGGGUGAGGUGAUCCAGCUCCAAGGCGACCAGCGCAAGGCCAUGCAGGACUUCUUGUGCGACAAGGAGUCUGGCCUUGAGAUGGAUCCCAAGACGAUCAAGAUCCACGGCUUCUAAUCGCCACCUCACGGACACACCGUUCCGGCACUGGCUGCGACAGCGAGCUGAAAAUAUCUGCUUCCCCAAGCACAUCCUGAGUCGAGUAGGCUCGAGUCAAUGGUUAGGAUAAGCUCGGCGGUCGGAAUCGUGCGGGUGAUGGAGAGACCAAUGAAUGAAAUGCCCGUCUGGGGCACCUUUUCUGGUAGCGAGACCUACGCUAUGAUCAAUCUAGCCAAGGUUGCUGGGAUGCUCACGGACAUAUAUCCUAGGAGAUACUCUUCCAGCCUACAUCUUGAGUGCAGCCAAUCAACGCUUUGUCUCCCGAAUGCUCUCAAUAGGAAUUCCUGGAAAUGCCUGCCACUUGGCUGGC